AUGUGGGGACUUACUCCUAUCCGAAGGCGUAUUACGACAACACGGAACACCUCAUCCCAUUCCGUCUCUGGGCCAGCCGAAUUCAUCAAGCUGGCGAGGGACCAUCUGGACCUUCCAUAUAUCUACUUCAAGCGGGCGUUACUCCAGGCUGUAGCAACUGGGGCCUCGUUCGACGUCCGCUUUUUUGACAUUGACCCUGGAAACAUAGGACCGGAUAUCAAGCAAAGAGUCGGAACUAGCUCGCAGUUGAAGAAAGGGCAAUGGCUUGUCGCUAAGCACAUUGCACCUGUGAUACCGGAAGACCUCGAGCUAAUAGCGGUGAAAGAUACGAACAGCGACGGAGUGAGAUUGGGAUCUAUGGUGCAAGAAAUGAGGAUUCUCGCUCACAAGCCCUUCCUGUCUCAUCCCAAUAUUGUCAAUCUCUUAGGAUUCAGCUGGGAAAGAAACAAGGACGAGCUUGGUAGGCGAUGGCCAGUCCUCAUCAUGGAGGCAGCAGAUGGUGGAUCCUUGAAAGACUUUCUCGAGUUGGCUGAUUCAUCGAUAAAGUCACCUGCUUUUGCACUGUCGAUAGCUUUAGACAUCGCGUCUGGGUUGGAGGCUCUGCAUAGCUGCGGGGUCAUUCAUGGAGACUUGAAGCCAGAUAAUAUUCUAGUGUUUCAAGUGUCGAAGGAUACUUUUCGAGCCAAAAUAUCAGAUUUUGGGUUUGCUUGUCUCACCGAAGACUUGAAAUCCGAGGCCCCUGACGACCUGGCACAGCAUGUCUCACUGCCUGGUUUCUCUCCUCCCUGGGAAGCGCCCGAGGCAGGGGGAGACAUCUUGCUUACCAAUCUUUCUAAAGUAGACGUGUAUGGAUUCGGACUCUUGGCUUGCUAUUUGGCUGCUUCUGGUGAAGAUAUAUUCGCCGAUUUGCGUCUCGAUACCUCAGAUAGGACAUUUGAUUUCGACAGGAUAACUUCGUUAAAGAACGACACGCAAGCAAUGACUCAGCAGGCCAAACAAUUUGUAACCUCCUGGCUUGAUAUCCAAAGCAUGGAAUGGAAUUGCUUCGCACGGAUCAUCGACUUGACUCUUAAUAGCUCACCUAAGGAUAGGGCAGACAUAUCUAAAAUUAGGAUACUAUUAAGCACCACAGGCGACGACGCUGAAAGGACUCUUGCACACUAUGCGCCUGUCCCUCUGCUUCCCUUAGACGACCCAUCUUCAGAUGAGCACGUUCAGUACCAAUAUCUAGCAAGCUGGAAUCGAGACUUAAUGAUGGCUGCCUCUGAUGAUAUCGUCUCGAAUUGGAGUACCAGAUCUAUAUCUGAAAUUAACAGCGCAGACUGUAUUGCGGUAGAGCGGGGCGCGCAGAGACUCUUUUGGCUCUCCAGAGCACUUAUCUCAGGACUCCUUGGUCCGGACUCAAAGUCCAUAGCAUUAGAUUGGCUAUUCCAAUCGGCCAAUGCGGGUUCCACGGAAGCGAAAGCAUCGGUGCAUCGUCUGUUUUCGGCCCUCAAAGAACCCAUCCCCAUCGAUUCGCUGUAUAACUGGCUAGUUGAUGCUUGCUAUGGGGGUGAAGAACUGGCGGAGUACAGCCUAAAAGAGCUUUAUCCAAAGAUGUAUCCCGGGGUCCUCGAAAUCCUAAAGACAACCUACUGUGGCUACGGCCAGGAUUGCUUCGGUGAGCAGUGGAGGAAUGAAUAUCCACUCGGCUAUCUCGAUGACAUCGUAGAAGAUUCUUUGGAAGAAGGGCAGAAUAUUGACAAACUGCACGACUAUCCGGGACUUGUUUGUGGCAUGACUUGGUUACACUACGCCGCCAGUAAUGGCCGCUUCGAUACGGUUCAACUGUUAAUCAACAAGGGCGCGGAUCCGAACGUCACCAAUGAGUAUGGAGAGACGCCACUGUUCAUGGCAUGUCAGGCUGGCCACUUUGAAGUUGCCGUCCUCCUAUUCCCGGUAACCCAGAACAGGCCAGAGAGUUGGGACGACUUUGCAGCAAACGAACUUCACCACCUAGUCCGAUUUGAUCAGGAUAGAAUAGGAGAGGCUGCAAAAAUGCUCUUAGAAUGGGGAGCAAAUAUCAACCAGCAGAACGGCGACAGACAACAAACACCGCUUGCUUUUAUCCUGAACCAACAUGGACUUAACUGUGUGGAGGCAGCCAAGAAACUGUUGAGUUUGGGCGCCGAUCCACUCAUUAAAGACUACCAUGGACUCGAUUGCCUCGCGCACGCUUCAUGCCAACUCUCUUCUGAUCUAGUCGAGCUUGUUCUCCACUACGUUCCGCCGGAGAUGCUUGUUCAGCGAAAGACAGACGCAUUAUGGUUCGUCUUAGAAAUGGACAACUACGAGGUCCUAGUGAAUGGAGGAGAACAUUACGUCGACAAAUUAGAGAAGACGGUUAAGCUCCUCAUUGACAAGGAGACUAGCUGUUCUUUUCAGGAUAUCACCGGCCACUCCGUACUAACGUUUGCCUGUGCCAAAGCUUCCUUAGCUGUAGUGCAAUGCUUAGCCAAGCUUAUUCCGAAUUAUCAGUUCACCGAAUGGCGCCCGUCCACAGAAGAAUGGUAUACACCGUUAAUGGCGGCAGUUGUGCGGAACCGGACUGAGAUUGUCGAGUAUUUGCUCGAGCUUGGAGUCGAUCCUUGCGUAUCCCACCAAAACAACCAGUGGACGCCACUGUUCUACGCAGUAUCCGGUUCUCCACAAAUUGUUCGCGCGUUAGUUCAAUUCGUUGAGCGAACAUGUUCCCUCGAUGCAGCUACCGAAUACGUUAAUAAGAGAGACGAGACUGAGUCCACCGCUUUUGACAUCGCUGUCGCUGGGGAGUUUUUCGAUGCGGCGAACGUCCUCGCAGCCUAUCAGCCUGAUUUUCUAGUUUACCGAUUCCCUUAUUCUCUAGACAGCACCUGUUUAUUCAAUUCACUUGGGUUGGCUGUAGAAAAGCGCUAUCAGCUUUUCUAUCUCCUGGAUCUGAUGGGACCUGUCGAUGAGCCCCCCAAGGUAGAUAAUGAAGGAGUAACAGUUUUACACUGUGUUUGCGGAGUGCCUAUAGAGCGGGCUCCUGAAGACGAAGCACGUGGAAUUGUCGACACGGUCCUCGCUAGGUUUUGCAACCCAGCGUGGGCUAAUUGCCUCACUGCGGCGGGGGAAUCUCCGCUCCACUUUGCUGCUCGGUUUGGUAAUAUUUAUGCUAUCCAGAAACUAGAAAUGAUAUACGCUGGCCAUUUAGAAUGGUUUCUUAUCAACAACAAGGGCUGGAAUGCGCUUGAUGAAGCUGAAUCACGCCAAUUUCAGGACGUCUCAGAGCUGGGAUAUAUGGCGCGAGCUCAGUUUCGGAAGAGAACAGACAAGGUUGUUGCAUAUCUUGUUAAGAAAGGCGUGAGGAGAAAUCGGAAAUACGGUGAUUUUGGGGAAUGA